AUGGAGAACAGGAACAACGGCGUCGGCGGCGGCACGGUGGGGAAGAGAGUGGUACAAAGAGUACCACCACCACCAUCACUUUCUCCUCCUCCUCCUCCUCCUCCUCCUCCUCUUCUUUUAGCAUCAUCUGCUUCGGCAUCUUAUUAUUAUCAACAACAACAACACCAACAACAAUUUCAUCAACAACAACAAAAUUUCACAUCGAUUAAAAUUCCGUUGGAAACGCAACACCAUAUCGAAAAGUUGAGCGAAUACGUCGCGAAGAACGGCGCAGAGUUUGAACAGCUGACGAGACAGAAGUCAUUGGAUAUGUUUUGGUGGCUCGACGAUCUCAAUUCUAACGAAUAUAGGAUGUACAAGCUAUUGUUAGAGAGUAAAAUGGGAAGACCUAGUAAAAGUGUAAAAGUCGUGCAACCACGGGUAACAACCACUACGACAGAUAAAAUCCAAGAGCAGAUUGAAGAGGCAAAGCUGAGAGCGCAGAAACUUAUGAUGGCAGAAAAAGAAACAAAAUUAGAAUACGUUGAAGACACUACUUUGUUCGAUAAUAUCGUCGGAAACAUCCCGCAAAAUACUCGCAUAGCCAACGCUGGAUUUCAAAACGGUACGUACAACGCCAUCGACCUGUUAACCGCGCCGAAGAACGUGAACGAAGAGAUGAUGCAAAAGAAAUCAAAAAUAGUGGAAAAGUAUUUCGAAAAACGAAUGGAAUUGUUUGAAUACGAGUUGGAUCGCGCAACGACGAAUAAAUAUGGUGAUAGCGACAACAGCAACAACAAGUUUUUGUAUCGAAACGCCAACGAAAACGAGGAAGACAUCGAAGAGUUGCGGGAAAUCCGAAGGCACCGCGUAAGAAGAGGUGGAACGAAUGAAAGCGCGGAGGAAAUGGAGGAAAAGUUCAACGCCAGUCGAGGUUCGAAACGUGGUUUAGGUAUGGCUGAACAAGAAGAACGAAACGGCGAUGUUGAGUUUUUGAAAUACAGAAACCAACUCUCGCGGCGAUACCACGGCGGUAAUUGA